GUUUGGUCACGUGAUAUUGCCCAGUACGUCAUGUCGAAUUCUGCUUUCAAGAAUGCUGCGAAGUCGCAGAGACGUAGUCAUAAGGAAAGACACCAGCCUCACCAUCGUCGAAAACUUGGUCUCCUAGAGAAGCACAAAGACUACGUAGCUCGAGCUCGUGACUAUCACCGCAAAGAAACUCAACUCAAGGUUCUCCGCGAAAAGGCAAGAAACAGAAAUCCUGAUGAAUUCUAUUACAAAAUGACCUCCACCAGACUGAAGGGUGGAAAGCACUACCAGCCUGUUUCUGAUCAUUUCACGGAGGAGGAGCUCAAGGUAUUGCAAACUCAAGAUUUCGGUUACACAGCACUUCGAAGAAUGCAGGAAGCAAAGAAAAUAGAUCGUCUUCAGAGUGGGCUUCACUUGUUGACCGAUCGCGAGGAAUCGCCUCCGAAUAAACACACAAUUUUUGUUGAAUCGAGGCAAGAAGUGAAUGAUUUCGAUGCUGCGAGACACUUUGAAACUGCACCCGAACUAGUAAAGAGAGCAUACAAUCGUCCUCGACUACAAACAUUGCAGUCGGGGUUGUUGACUAAAGCAAAGGAUGAGCGGAUGAUCAAGAGAGCUGAUACGGCCAGAGCUGCUCAAUACGAGGAACUGAAUCAAAGAAUUGAAAGAGAAAAGAAACUAACUCGACUACUAGAAGAGCAAAAUAUCCAAAAGCAUCUUAAGGCAAAAGGAAAGAGAUCGAAGAUCAGAGGCAGUGACGGCAGAGUGACGUACAUAUGGAAAAAACAGAGAAAGAGGUAGAUUGGUCUCUAGAGUCUGUCUGUACACACAGACGGAUUUUCAUAAAUAUGUAUCCGAAUAAUAAGAAGCGAAGUCGCUGUUUGAAUGA